AACAUCAGCUGAGGCAUACUUAGUAAAUUGGCGGCAGUUCGACAGUUCGACUUGUUUCACUGAAGACCUACUAUAUCGUCCCGAGAGGAGACGUACAGUGUGAAUUAAAGAUCACCCUUCCUGUUGUCUCCUUGAAGUCUGUGGUGCGACACAGUGUGGAAAAAAUGCCCAGCACACGGUCCCGGAGUCAGCCCACCCUGCCGUUCCCCCGGCGGAAGUCCUCCAGGGCCAUGUCCUGCUCCAAGAGCUCCCCGCAGCUGGAGCCAGAGGUCCCCCCUCCAGCAGUAGCCACGGUCCCGGCCCAGAGUGCCCCUGUCUCCCCCAGGCAUGCCGCUCUCAAGGGUGCCCCUCUGUCUCCCAGACUGCCCCUGAGCCCACGUAAACGCAUGGGCGAUGAAAACGGGUGCAACACCCCUCCAUGUCUGCUGGGGUCGCCCCCAAAGCAGAGCCGAGUGGCCCUGACGUCCCCCCUCAAACUGGCGGCGUCCCCCAACAAGCUGACUCUCUCCCCCAACAAGACGAAGACAGGCUCCCCCCGCAAGCUCUCCUUUGACGAGAACACCCCCGUUUUCUCCUCCCCCACUCGCCCACAGCGGGUGGAUUUCCCCCUCUCUCCCCUGUCUCGUCAGUCUCCCAAGAGGCAGGAGACGCCCUGCAAGAGCCCUCGUGUUCGGCCCGAGGGGAAAGCUGUGAGCACCCGUCUCUUCUCCGAACAGAAGUCUCAGUACCAGAGUGUGAAGCAGGCUCUCCACACCGCCGUGCCCGAGCGGCUGCACUCACGCGAGGCUGAGCGGGCCGCCAUCGUGUCCUUCCUGGAGUCCCACGUCGUGCCGGGUCUCCCCUCAAGCCUCUACGUCUCCGGCGCCCCUGGCACGGGCAAGACCGCGUGCCUCAACUGUGUGCUCCAGGAGAGAGAGGAUCUGCUGAAGGGCGUGCAGAAGGUGGUGAUUAACUGCAUGACGCUGCGCAGCUCCCACUCCAUCUUCCCCCUGCUGGCCGAGAAACUGGGGGGCACGCGGGGCCACAGCGAGGGCCGACUGCAGAAGCUCCUCACCAGCAGCGGCCCCACUGUCCUGCUGGUUCUGGACGAGAUGGAUCAGUUGGACAGCAAAUGCCAGGAUGUUCUGUACACCAUCUUUGAGUGGCCCUACCUCCCUCGAUCCCGCCUGUGUCUUAUCGGCAUUGCCAACGCUCUGGACCUGACGGACCGCAUCCUGCCCCGGCUCCAGGCGAAUCCCCACUGCCGCCCCCAGCUGCUGCACUUCCCUCCCUACAGCAGGCAGGAGCUCACCGCUAUUGUGCAGGACCGCCUCACACAGGUGGGUGGGGAUGGAGUGCUGGAUGCAGCAGCCGUUCAGUUCUGUGCCAGAAAGGUGUCUGCCGUGUCGGGAGACGCGCGCAAAGUCCUGGACAUCUGCAGGCGAGCAGUUGAAAUGGUCGAGUCUAACGAAAGGUCAAAGAAGUCGUCGGAUCCUACCGCCGACGCCAAAGCGGUCCGUGUGAGCGUGCCCCAGGUAGCGCGGGUGCUGUCGGAGGUGUACGGCGACCGCAUGGUCAGCGGCAGCGGGUCCGAGGGCGAGAGCUUCCCCCUGCAGCAGAAGCUCCUGGUCUGCUGCUUGCUGCUGCUCACACGCAGCGGGAAGAGCCGGGAGAUCCCCCUGGGCAAGCUGUCGGAGGCCUACGCCAGACUGUGUGCCCAGCGGCAGGUGGGGGGCGUGGGGCAGGGCGAGUGCCUCUCCCUCUGCAGCCUGCUGGAGAGCCAGGGCAUCUUCUCCCUCAAGAAGGCCAAGGAGGCCCGUCUCACUAAGGUGUCUCUGAAGAUCGAGGAGAAGGAUGUGGAGAACGCUCUGAAAGACCGCGCUCUCCUGGGCAGCAUCCUAGCAGCGGGGCUUCCCUGAACACGUGUAAAUACACACAGUCCUCACUCACCCCGCACCCAAUAACGUUCAAUUCCUUGCAGAUAUUUAUUUUUUUAUUCUGUAUAUUUUUGUAAAUUACUUUUCUUGGACAUUUUUUGUGGUUGACUGGAUAGAUGAUGCAUAGGGAGUUGCUGUUAUAGGCACAUAUAGCAGGUACAUGGUACGAGUACCUACUGGCCAGAUAUUUCAAGAUGGAGUCAGUGUCUCUUUUUAACGGGAUCAUCUGAGAUUUGUUUUAUUUUUGAAUUGUAUACCUAUUUUUAUUGUAGAGCAUUUCUAUGAAAUUUGAAUCUCAAAAGGUUUUGCUUUUGUUUUUUGACGACCUCUGUAGGUCUUUGUCAUACUUGUCAUAACGUUAUUUUUUUAUUAAAUUUUUUUUAAUAAGUGGUUUUAUGGUGUUACCCCAUUUUGUGACGUAGUAAAUGUGAAUUUUGACUCAUUGAA